AUGAGCCACUAGUCUUGACAUUCAAACGCGUGCGGAAUGUUUUCAUGAGUUUAUGACCUUUACUUUAACAUUUACCUUUAACGUAAGCCCGUUUAUGUACGUUCAGCUAUAACAGACAGUUUUUCUGUUGUGAUUACUACAUACCUCGGACUCGGAGACUGCAAAGACUAAGCGGCAUGUCCACGCGUCAGGUGUCGGUCCACGCGAAAUGGAUCAUCGGUCAAGUUAUCGGAACCAAGAUGAAGAAAACGGCGAAGGUUCGGGUAACCAGACUAGUGCUUGACCCUUACCUGCUGAAGUACUACAACAAGAGGAAGACUUACUUUGCCCAUGAUGCUUUGGAGCAGUGCACUGUUGGGGAUAUUGUCUUACUGAAAGCCUUGCCGGAGAAAAGAGCCAAACACGUGAAUCAUGAACUGGCAGAGAUUGUGUAUAAAGUGGGGCAGGUGGUGGAUCCUGUCACCGGAAAGAGGGUAGCAGGAAAACAGUAUCUGGAGCCUCUGACGGAAAGCUCAGAAGACACGGAAAUAUCUUUAACAGAAAAACUGGAACAACUCAACAUUUCUGCCUCUGCACCACAUUCAUAGCCCUGUGUUUCUGUUCCAUGUAUGUACGAGUCUUGAUUUUUCACAUUAAAAUAUUAUUACACUG